AUGGGGUCUGUGCUCCAGUCUGAAGCGCUGGCUCUGAGAGGCGGCUUCAAGCCGCCCGGCUUCUCGCUGGCGGAGAUGAUCACCUCUGACAUCCUGCACAGCUUUCUGUACGGCAGGUGGAGGAACGUCCUGGGAGAGCAACUUUUCGAGGACCGAAGUAACAACGGCGGGCAGAAAAUCGCCUUCACCGCCGAGGCACUCGCUCAGUCCUUCACCGGAGAAGUUCAGAAGUUGUCUAGCCUCGUGCUUCCUUCCGAGGUGAUCAUAGCGCAGAGCUCGAUCCCUGGGGAGGGCCUGGGCAUCUUCUCCAAGACCUGGAUUAAACCCGGCACCGAGAUGGGGCCCUACACCGGCAGAGUUAUCUCCCCGGAACAUGUGGAUCUCUUCAAAAACAACAACCUGAUGUGGGAGGUCUUCAAUGAGGAUGGCACGGUGCGGUACUUUAUUGAUGCCAGCCAGGAGGACCACAGGAGCUGGAUGACGUACAUCAAAUGCGCUAGGAACGAGCAGGAGCAGAACCUGGAAGUGGUUCAGAUCGGGAACAACAUUUACUACAAGACCACAGAGACAAUCCCACCAGACCAGGAGCUGCUGGUCUGGUAUGGAAAUACACAGAACACAUUCCUCGGCAUCCCAGGAGUUCCAGGGCUGGAGGAAGAACAUAGGAAAAAGACUAAAGACGAUGAGCUGAACGCAGGGGACGGUGCUGGGGGCAGCAGCGCGGGACGCAUGCGCUGUGUCAUCUGCUACCGCGGCUUCAACUCGCGGAGCAACCUGCGCUCGCACAUGCGCAUCCACACCCUGGACAAGCCCUUCAUCUGCCGCUUCUGCAAUCGCCGCUUCAGCCAGUCGUCCACGCUGCGGAACCACGUGCGCCUGCACACGGGCGAGCGGCCCUACAAGUGCCAGGUGUGUCAGAGUGCCUACUCCCAGCUGGCCGGGCUCCGCGCCCACCAGAAGAGCGCCAGGCACCGGCCGCCCCCGGCCUCCCUGCAGCCCCACUCCCCGCCCCUGGCAGUGCCACACUCCGCCAGCCUGGCGCACCACAUCCCCACCAUGGUGCUGUGA